AUGUACACUACAGAUGCAGAACUGAUGGAUAAAUGGGAGCAGGCUCUGGGACCAAAGUACCAAGUUCUGGUGGUGAAGUUGGAUCCUGUCAUUGAAGACGAUGCAGAGCUGCAAAGAUCCUCCAAGCUGCUGCCCAUCCACACUCUGCGUCUUGGUGUGGAGUUGGACUCGUUUGAUGGUCACCACUACAUCUCCUCAGUGGUCCCUGGAGGCCCCGUGGACAAACAUGGAGUCUUGAGACCAGAGGAUGAGCUCCUGGAGGUGAAUGAUGUUCAGCUGUACGGUAAGUCCCGUCGAGAAGUGGUGUCGUUCCUAAAAGAAGUGCCUCCUCCGUUCACUCUGGUCUGCUGCCGACACCCGACCUCUGGCCUGGAACUACAAUCUGAAUCUGAACCUGAACCUGAACCACUGCUGCGAACUGGACCUGGACCAGUAAGACACUCUCAACGCAGUGUGGAGGAGAUCGAGCUGAAGCUGUCGUCAAUGCUCUGCAGUCAGACAGAAGUGAGACAGAGCGGCGUUGAACCUCAGCAGGCAGUUAGACAGGAGCAGGAAUACCCUGAAGAGGAGGUGCUGACGGAGGAGAGGAGUCAACACAGCCAAGGGGGGGAGGAGGAGGAGGAGGAGGAAGAACAGGAUGAAGAAGAUGAGGAGCUGGCUCUGUGGUCUCCAGACGUUCAGGUGGUAGAGCUGCGUAAGGAGAGAGACAAAGGCCUCGGCUUCAGCAUCCUGGAUUACCAGGACCCACUGGAUACCGGUCGGUGCGUGAUGGUGAUCAGGUCUGUGGUUUCUGGCAGUUCAGCCGAGCGUCACGGCGGUUUACUUCCUGGAGACCAGCUGGUUUCUGUCAACCAGACCCCGUUGGACCAGCUCACCUUGGCCCAGGCGGUGGAGGUCCUGAAGUCUGCCCCGCCUGGCACGGUCCGCCUCGGCAUCCGCAAGCCUCUGGUGGACGAAGCAGAGAGGAGGGAGGACGGCAGCCGGGUGUCUCUCAGCGCGCCGCUGCCUGUGCCAAAGGGUUUCGGCGAUGGCUCCAUCCUGCCAGAGGACCUUCGACAAGAAGAUGAAGAAGAGGAGGAGCCGGAGCUGAUCCUGGAUGGAGGUCUGCCUCGCUACACCUCCUUCUCUCGGACCUCUACCCUCCUGCCUCUGGAGGAGGGUAGGGAGAUGGCCGUGGACGAGGAGGUGGAGGGACAGAAUGAGAGGGAGGUGAAGACGCAGGAGAAAGUCGAACACAGCUCGGCCUCCCUCCCCAGGGGACCUCCUCCGUCAUGGGAGGAGUGGAAACGCACCUCCUUCAGCCAGGCCGGAGGAGCAGAGGAGACUUGGAGAAGAGAGAAUCAGGAGGAGCUCAGAGACAGAGAGGACGAGGAGCUGCAGAGAUCAGACCAUGAAAGCAUCGUGUCUGUAGGAAACCUGAGUCUGGGUACUCCUGGCUGCAGAGACAGUGAAGCAGACUCCGAGCUUACUCUGACAGACACCGACACAGAGUCUGUCAGGAUGAUUGGUACAGAAGGAAGGAAGGGGCGGAGCCAGCGAGGAGCCUCUCUACGAUUCAGAGGAGACCACAGGGAUCUUCCUGAAAGAGAGGAGGGGGAAGGAGAGGAAACUCCUGCCUUCAGUCACUGGGGACCCCCCCGCAGCCACAAGGCCAACAAGACAUUUCAUUGA